AUGUCCCAGCUUGCCAUAGCAAGGUCUGCAGAAGGGGCUAUAGGUGCUGUGUCCCGCCGUGACUGUGGCAAAAAGAAGUGCCUGGUGCAGCCCAGGAAGCAAGUCAAGGAUGAACAAGGUAAGGCAGUUGAGCAGAAGCACAAAGAGAAGAAACACGAGGAGCUAAAAGUAAAGGCAGCAGAGAAGAGUCCCCUGGCUACAGGUAGAAUUAAGAAAUCUGGCAAAAAGUGA